GGCGGAGCCUUCCGCCUAUUCUCCCGGCCGCUGCGCCGGUUGUGUCUCCCCGUUUCCUGGUCCCCGCGGCUCCUCCACCCUCGCAUGGCGAGUGGGAGGCGCGGCAGGGACCGGGGGCCGCCGGCGCUGCUCGACCCCUUCAGCUCGCAGGGGGCCGAGACGGAGGCGGAGGCGGCCGAAGAGGAGGUGGUAGUGGCGGCGACGCCGCUGCGGGUUCCCUCGUCGGCGUCGGCGUCGACCUUGCGCGGCAGCGGAGGGGUCGCCCGGCCCAGCCGCUUCGUCCUCUGCCUCUACGCUGUGGGCUUCAUGGAUUUCUUUGGUGUCAGCAUGAUUGUCCCCUUAUUAAGCCUUCACAUCAAGUCUAUAGGAGCAAGCCCAACAGUUGCAGGAGUGGUAGGAUCUUUUUAUGGCGUUCUGCAGCUCAUUUCCAGUACCUUAGUGGGAUCCUGGAGUGAUGUGGUGGGAAGACCUUAUUGCCUACUUGUCUGCAUUAUCUUCAGCGCAUUGGGUUAUUUUAUGCUCAGUGUCUCCAGAAAUGUGGUUUUAUUUGCUAUUGCCCGGAUUUUUGUGGGUAUUUUCAAACACACACACUCAGUUUCCAAAGUUCUCAUCUCUGACUUGGUUUCUGAGAAGGACCGCCUCCGAGUAAUAGGACAUUUCAACGCCGCUGCCAGUAUUGGUUUCAUUCUGGGGCCUGUUGUUGGAGGGUGCCUUACAGAGCUCGAGGGUGGCUUUUAUAUCACAGCUUUCAUCUGUGCUUCCAUCUUCAUGUUGAAUGCUGGUCUUUUCUGGAUUCUGCUAUGGAUCGAAAAGAAAAAGCAUGGUAGCGACUGGAGCAUUAUAAACCCAGCAAAAGGCACUUCCUUAACAGCGGCAAUGCUCAGCCUGCCAAAGGACACUAUACCUCGCGAAGCCACGAGGAACAGUACAAACACCCGGACCUCUUGGGCUCAGCUUGUUUCUGUGUUGAAGAGGAUUCGCAGCAUUACCCGUUCUGAUCUGCGGGACGUCUUCCUGAUCCGGCUACUGAUGUCGAUCUCAGUCAUGCUUUACCAUAGCAAUUUUGUCUUGGCACUUGAAGAGAGGUUUGGGAUAAAACCCAAACUCACCGGUUACCUCAUAAGCUACAGCAGCGCGCUUGGAGUGGCUGCCGGCUUUCUGCUCGGACCAAUUACAAGACUAUAUAAGCACAAUACCUACGCCAUCUUACUGCGGUCCACCAUCGUCACCUGCGUGCUCACGAUGAUAUAUUCUCUCUCGAAGAACGUAUGGGCAGUGGUCCUGUCCUCCACCUUUUUAGCAUUUUCGACCACCAUCGGACGUACUUGCAUUACUGAUCUCGAGCUGACUUUGGGGGGGGACCACGCCAGUGGUAUGCUCAUAGGUGUCGGUCAGUCGGUCUCGGCCGUGGGCCGCAUACUUUCCCCUCUUCUGUCAGGGGUCGCCCAGGAGUUCAGCCCUUGUGGGCCCCCCAUUCUCGGGGGCCUGUUGGGAUUUAUAGCUGUUCUCAUCAUGGUCCUCAACAAAUCACGAUACACAAUCAUCAGGGGUGCCAGAGUUAAAAUUAGAUAAGCUGUUAGUGCUACUACUUAAAAAAGGAACACAACUGAGGGAAAUGAAAAUGUUAAGUGUUCAGGAGGACUGUUGUUGGGACGCUUUAUAACGAAACACUAUAGCGUCCAGGAAAGAACAGUUCCCUUAUCUUUCAUCCCAACCAGUAAUCUUAACAGGUAAAUCUGAGGCUGGUGAAGGGGCGUUAAUUCACGCAGCUAAUAAAUCUUGCUGGUUGUGGUGCAAAGGGAAAGUUGCUGAACAUUACAUCUAUUCAAAUAAUUUUAAAUGUGAUUAAAAUCCUGGUGUAUGGGGGUUUUUUUAUAUAUAAAAAAGUACGACAAUAGGACUAGAGCCUGACUCUAGGUAUCUGGUGUUUCAGAUAACUGUUGCAAUGAUACAUUACUCACAUUUAGUACACCCACACAAAUUCCAAAAGAAAAAAGGAGAAUGAAAGUGAUGUUUUCCGUUUCUGCUGUGGUCCAGUUAGACUUCCUUCAAGCCUCACACAUCACUGCCAGAAGAUGCAGAGAAAGGCUUCUGCAGGGCUUUAGUCCUUGUAUAUGCUGCUUGCAGAGGGAUGAAUCUGUAGUUAACAUGCAAUUUAUUAAAGGUGGUGUUCUA